UCCUCUCGCCGCCCCUCCCCCACCCCAGGAGCCCUCUGUGACGAGGCCACAGCUCUGUGAUGCUGCCUGGGCCCUGGUCAAAAGGCCCAAAGGCAACGCCCAGGGCUCAGUUGCUUUAGGGCAACAGUGCGAUUCAGAAGAUGGAGAAUUAUCCGUUUCCUCUGAGUAGCGUUAGUGAUUCAUGGCUGAAGCUCAGCUCCUCCGCCUGGGUGACGGAUCUCAUCCUGGGCAUCCUGUGUGGCCUGGGGCUCUUCCUGCUCCUGCUCCCCUGCCUCGGGAGCGGCCCGUCCUCGCCGCCGGCCCGGCAGAAAAGGAGCGUCAGGAAGGCGGAGAGGAGGGAGCGGCCCCGGAGCAGGAAGAGGAGCGGCCCUCUGAAAGCUUGUAGAGACUGCCGGAGGGAACUGGAUGGGGCUUGGGACCUGACUUUGCUUCUGCAGAGCUGCCAGGUGAAGCUCCCUGACAAGGGGGGCUGUCAUCAGGUCUCCUGUCCAGACCCCCCGGGGGAGGAGUGCAACCCAGCAUCUGCCAGCGCCCACCGGCCACGUGCGGAGCGUGUGCAAGAUGCUUCGCCCACCACCUCGUCUCCACUGGCAUCGCCAGCUCUCCUGGCCCAGAGCCCUCCGCCUCUGGCCUCCACGCUGUCUCCAGGUCCGACAGCCUCCCCAGUUUGUGCUGGAUCAUCACAGUCAUCCCUGAGUGCCGCCCAGCCGCCAGAGCCUUUGCUGCCCCCAGAACGCCCCUCACCCCAGCCACAGGCGCUUUCCCCUCCCACACCACGGUCCCCUGCUCCUGUGGCCUGCCCUCUGCCUCCUCCUGACUCCAGCCUGGCUCAUGCUCAGUGUGACUCAAUGGCGCCCCCACUGGGCACUGUCCCACAGAGCUAUUCUCCACACUAUAACAACUGUUGGUUGCCUCCUCCCGUCUCAAAGAUCUCAGACCUUAGUUGCACAAGUGACACCGUCUCAACCCUCACCUGGUGGCAGGUGGCUGCCAGAACUGGCAGGGCCUGGAGCCUCUCCACCUCAGCCGAGAGCAAAUCCCAGCAGGGGCAUCUUUCCAACCGCCCACCAGAGGCUUCCUUCUGGGGGGACGCCACGCACAGGCAGAUGGAGAUUCGUGGCCCCCCUUUCAUCCACACUGACGUCCAGGACCUGCUGGAGACGCUAAUGGGUAAGAGGAAGGAGAACGAAAAGGAGGGGUCAUCUCUGAAACAAGUGAGCCCAGACUACCCCCGGGGUUGCCUGGGGAAUAUAGUGAAGUCGCCGAGCGGAGAUCAGGACACAACCCCACAGCGCUUCUGCAACAUGACAGGCAAACCAGAGGAGCUGCCGGGUCCCCAGCAGCUCUCCCAUCCCAAGGCCAAGGGGGACCAUUUACAGCAGAAAUGCAGCCAGCUCUUCUGGGGCCUCCCCUCUCUGCACAGCGAGUCCCUGGUGGCUGCUGUCAGGGCCUCUGGUCCCCCAUUAGAGUUCCCCUCUGUUGUAUUCAAUGGAUUCUCUAACUCCUUUACCGUACAAAUUCAGGCUAAGCUACAUCCACAAUUCCUUCUGCCCCAGUCCUGGCCCCACCACAUGGCCCUGCCCCAGCUCCCUCUGGCUGGGAUCCACCCCCAGGUCUGUCUCCCACCCUCUUUCUCGACCCCACUGUGCUGUUCACCUCAGAUACCUUUCUGUGGAGCAUCUUGCCCAACAGUCCAUACGGAGGCCCAAUUUCCUAUCCCAACUGCUGUUCAACAACUAGAGUGUCACCUUCUGAAGAAGCAACAAGAAAGCAGGAGGGCCUUACCCACUAUAGUGAAAAAUUCUCAGGAACUCUUUCACCAGCUCGCUCCCGACAGCUGGGCCUCCCAGACCCACGAGUCAGUCUCCAGCGGCCCAGGAGAUAUAAUCAACCCUGAGCGCUGGGAGCAACAUCCACAAACAAGCUUCACACGACACCGGGCCACACUGCCCUCCAGGAACCAGCUGUCUCUGGGCAGGGCACAGCCGUGGGGCAGAUUUCCAAGGGCAGGGCAGGCAACGGAGAAGCAAGGGGACUCCUGGCCUUCAGCCUUUGCAGGUGGAAGCAGCCAGGAUGUACAGGACAUGGAGUCCGAGGGCCCAGCAACAUUUCAGAUAUGGAAAUGCCUGAGCCUGGAUCUGGGGUACUGUCCAGGGAGUGACUCAGAUCCAUCUUGCAAUUCAGACCACUCCCUAGUGGUGCUCCCAGGGGCCAGAUCUGAGGAGGAGUCAGAAAGCGACUGGAUGAAACCCUCAAGAAGUGACACAAGAAAUGACUUACCAGGAAGCUCAGACAAGGAGCAUGUAGAAGACAUCCUGAAAGUCCACUUGAGCAGGAAGUUGGGGCAGAUUAAGGGUGGCAAGAUCCCUGUGAGUGUUCGUCAUUCCAGGCUUGCUACUGACCAAGCCUUGGCCCCUUCUGAAAACACAAACACGCAUGUGGAAACUGGCAAUCUAGCAUCCUCAAAGGGUCGGGAAUCCUGUGAAGACACCUUGCGGGAACUUCUCCUUUGUCCAGGCCGUAAGCCUGUGCUGGAAGCACAUGUUAGAAGGUUUCGGGUGAGGCACAGGUGGGGCCUGCCCCUCAAGAUCCUCAAGACGAAAAAUCUCUUUAUGUUGAGAAAGGCUUAAGCCCCACCCCUUCCACUCUCCACCUUUCCCUCCUGGGCCACCUGUGAAUCUAGGGACAACUCUAUAGCCGAGGUUGUCAAGUUCCUGGGAAAAGAUCCUUGGGAAGGUCCAGGAGAGGAGAAGAUAAUAGAAAGUCAGUCCUCACCCUGACUGGUCUUCUCCCUGCCCCCUCACCUGUGGGAGAGAGUGUCCAGAUGGACCUGAGAGGGACCCAGUCUGGUGACGACUGUGGACACUCAGAAGCUCCUUCUACUGCACAGGAGGGCAGGUGGCCUCCUCAGCCCCUCACAUGCAGAACCUGGCACAGUGAGGCGGUUCUGGGGCCCAGGAGAGGCAGCCCAGAGUGGAGUCCAAGUCCAGCAAUGCCAGGAGUGAGCCAUGGGAGGAAGAGGAGAGCGUGGCCUCAGGAGACUUCCAUCAUAGUGAGUCAAUGCUGCAGCUCACCGUAGGGUCCCAGUCUUCAGGGGCCGAGGAGACCAAGGAGCCAGUGGAGGCUGAGGAAGAGAAACUCCCUGCUUGGGAAGCCACCUUGGGAGCCAGCGUGAGGGCAGACUCCCACACCCUUAAUGUCAACCUGAGCUCAGGGUCUCUGAGCAACAGCAAAAGCUCCCAACCCUCUAUCGUUUAUGUCCCCCAGGUGCCAGAAGAGCUAUGCCUUAAUGCUCCAAGUGUUAGUGAGUGUGGGCUCGAAGUGGAGGUGGAGCCAGAGAACCAGCCUCAAGGCCCUGCCCCAGAUGUCCUCCUCCAAGACCACACCACUGGUGUCCUCUUUGAAGACUGUGACCCUGACGUUCUGGCUGUAGACAUCUGGGCCUUUCCGGCCACUCUGUCCAGCCCCCACAGCAAGUCCACUGCUGACACGGGGUAGCCACGUGAGAGUCUCAGCAAGCGUUCUGGCCCUACUGACAAGAGACAAUGCUGCAGGAGGCCCAAGCCAGGGGGGCACAAACAAAGGUCUACAAGACCAAGGACCUCCCAAACCAAUGGUAUAAGCCGCCCUUCCCAGGACAGGGAAUUAGCACAGCCACUAAGAAGCAAGUCCUUCCAGCUCCUGCCAAAUGAAGGAUAGGCUCCUACAGGAAGCUGCUUUAGGAACAAGAUGAGGCAAUUUCUGCUGUGGAUUUUCCCCAAGAAAAACACAAGGCAGAGAGAGCCCCGGCAAAACCGCAAGCCUGCAUCAGCCACUGCCCAGUGCUCGGGAACGGUCACAGGCAGAUCAUGUAUGGACGCCAGAUCGGAUGAAGUGCAGGAGCUCGUGAGCACUGUCGGACAGAUCCUAGAGGAGGAAACUGGACCUAACCAUGAACUUCCUGCCUCGAAGGGAAAUCGGUACAGAGAGGAACUCCAGGCCACAGUGGGUGGGCGUUGCAGCUACCACAGAGGCCCCUCCUACCCGCAGCAAAGGAGAGUGAUGAGUGAUUCUGCCUGCAGUCACCAAGCCACCCCCGUGGGCCACAGUUCUCCUGUCAAGAACAGGUGGGUCUGAGACAAGAACAGCAACCAGCCCCCCCCAGCCAGGCCCUGCCAGCAUUGGCCAAGGGUGAUAAGAGCCUCCAGCCACGCUGUCCACUGCCCCAGGCACUAUUGUCUACCUAGAGGUGUCUUGCCUGGUCAACCAGAUCACACUUCUCCCACCUUUGCUGGUGAGCAAACCUUUCAGAAGUCCAGUUCCGGCAGAGAAAACAAGUUCUGUCCUAUGGCAGGACAUCCCCAAUAUGCUAAUGGCUCCUCUUACUGAGAUGUGUGAUCCUUCCAAUCAGAUUGUGUGUUUUCUCAUCAGAGGUGGUGGCUUCUAGAAGGGAGGGGCAUGGGGGAAGCUGAAGGGGCCUUGCAGACCCACCCUCACCCCGGGGUCCCUUACGGCACCUUGUUUUCAUUGCUCAUUCACUACAGAGCCUUCAGGACUGCCAGGACGGGCAAACCCUGUGGAGACACCACCCUGGGACCUGGCUCACCCAUCUUUCUUGCUUUCCCUCUGCUGUGAACUUCAUGCGGCAGUGGGGGAUGGGUUUACAGAGGCCUCUUAGGGUGGAAAUUACCCUCGGGCUCCAGGAAUGUGAAGCCAAGCAGCCUCCACCCCCAAAGUGGGCCAGGAAGUUUUGGGGGUGGGGUGCUGGCCCUGGGUGUAGGGGCAGACGGAUGUGGCCCCCCUGACAUUCAUGGUAGGGAUCAGACAACCCUGCCUACAGUCUCCCCUCCCUGCCUGCUAAAGGCUGGGGCAGAGAUGGGCCCGGCUGGCCCCUCAGGGCUCAGCAUUGGUGACAGGAGCACUGCCCUCUGGCAUGACUGUGUGCACAGGGGCCAUGGGAGGGUGGCACAUGGAGGAAAAGGGUGGGACAUGGGAGAAGAAUAAUCUGAGAGGCGGGAGCCAGGAAGGCAGUGGAGCUCAUAGAGUCCCCUAUGUGGGCACCCAAUGCCCAGUGCUCCCACCAGCCAAGGGGGUCAGGCUAUUACACCAAUGUGGAGGGCAGGACCUGGAGACACAAAUUCCUCACGUGAGGUGGUUUUCCCCAUGGUGUAUGUGACCAGCCUGCCCACCAUCCUUCUGUAAUUCCAGAAAGGACCAAUGGAUGUCUGACGGGAUCCCAGUCUAGUGACCAUUAGAGACAGUUGGUCCCGGGGUUGCUCCUGGGGUGGGGAACUUGGAGGGCCAAGGCUGGCUGGGGUCUACAGUGAGCCUCAGGGCCUUACCUGCCCUUAGGCCAGCAGGGUACAAGGAGAGAGAUGUGGACACACAGAGGCCAGAAGGGACUGUCCCCAAUUGUGGGAAGCAGAGGCAGGCACAGAUCCUACACCUGCUGUUGUCACCCAGGCUGCUCCUGGAGCUGGUCUUAUCUCUGUCAAGGAAGGGGAAGCCUACAAGGGGACCAGAGGCGAGGGGGCCCAGGACUCCAGGAGGGCUGGAGUCACAGGAGAGACCAUACAGAGAGACCCCCACAGAGGCCCCUGCCAGAAACACGCACAGAGAAACCUCACACGGAGACCCCAUGGAGAACCGCUAUAGACACCUGACAGAGACCCACACUGAGAGUGAACUGGGAGACCUGACACAGAGAUCUCCCCCAAAUCCAUCCUCCCAGGAGACCUGGAGGCUAUGGCAGGAGCUCUCCCACAGAGGCUUCAUGCACAGCUCUCAGGGGCCAUCACACAGAGCCCCUAGACCCACAGAAAGCUCACAGAUUCCCACAGAGACUGCACAGACACACCAGGUGGUAUGUCUCACAGGACCACACAGUCCCCCAGGUGAUAGCACUGUGACCUCAUACAGAGCCCUCCACACCACCUCAUGUUGCCCACAAACCUACAGACCCCACUACAGAAGCCUGGCACAGAGGUCCACAUACUUCCCACACACGGCCCUCCCACGCAGAACCCACUUUGGGACCACGCACAGCUUCGAGUGCCCCACAGAGCCCCACUGCAGGUCUCAUAGAAACCCCCGCUGCCUCACACAGUCCUCUACUGCUCUCACUGGGCCUCCCAGACCUCACAGAGACUGCCUAGAGAGACAACACAGAGAUACCUCACUGCCACGUGGAGACCUAAUCUUGCUCCAGAGAUAUCUUAGAUAGACCUCACACCAUUUCCCAGACACCCCACAUGGAGAAGACACACUCUCACCCUCUCAGAGCUUAAAGAGACCUCCCACAAACGCCUAACACGGAGACACCUCUCAUGGAGGACUUAACAAGAGAUAACACGCAGAGACCUCCCACUGGCCACAAAUCUCCACUGACCCAUCCCACAGAGCCCUCAUGAAUUCUUCCUUAGUAGUGGACCCGAGUCCACUUAGCAAAGUGCCAACACAUGAGGGACAACAUCAGCUGUGCCCCAUCCCAAGAACCGAGACACUCAGACAUUGUCAACACUUCCCCCAAAAUGGGGUUCUCUGCUUGGAGAAUUGGUCAGGAAUUGGGAUUCUUUUGUAAUGCUAUUGCCUCUGAAUAGACAAAUUACAGAUUCCACAUGCAGACCUGCAAAAUUCAGGUUUUCAUUAGCCUUAGCUCUAACCCACAAUUUGAAGAAUCACAGAUUUUAAACAUGAAUAAAAUGCUGUCAACCAUGA